CCCCCUGUAUUGGGAGUGUGGAGUCUUAGCCACUGGACCUCCAGGGAAGUCCCUCCAGUACAUUUUUGUUAGACCAUUUGAUAUUGCACUACAGCCCUUGGAUUCCUUGUCUUUUUUUUUUUUUAAACUUCCUCUUUGUGUCUCAGUUUGGGUAGUUUCUUUGGGCCUAUCUUCAGAUUUACUGAAAAUUUUCUCAGCUCUGUUGUAGCAUUGCAUAUUGAAGAUAGUCUUUCAACUGUGGUACUGCAUUUUUUUAGCAUUUCCAUUUUUUUCUUGAUGGUCCCAUCUCUUGAAGUUCCCUAUUUGUUAAUUCAUUUUGUAAGUCUUUCCCACAAAGCUUUAAUAUAUGAAUAAUAAUUUUAAAUUCCCUGUUUGAUAAUUUAACCAGUCACGUUUUCUGUUGUUGUUUUGUCAGUUAACAGUUGUCUUAGUCUUACCUUUUCAGAUGUUUCAUAAUGUUUGAUUGAAGGUGGGUUCUGCCAGCAUGAUCCUUUUUGCCCUUUCUGAACAGGCAAAAGGACUAGCCCAUGAGGUGGAAUUUUCUCAGUUCUGCCUUCAUAGUUCUCUGCCUUUAUCCAAAAGCUGCAGAAAAUGAACAAAUCCCAGGGGUCAGUUUCAUUCACCGAUGUGACUGUGGACUUCACCCAGGAGGAAUGGGAGCAACUGGAGCCCUCUCAGAGGAUCCUCUACAUGGACGUGAUGCUGGAGAAUUACAGCAACUUACUAUCAGUGGAGGUAUGGAAGGCUGAUGACCAGAUGGAGACGGACCACAGAAACCCAGAUGAGCAGGCGAGGCCGUUUGUAAUCUUUAAGGACCAAACCCCAACCGAAGAGAGAGAUAAUAAUCUCUUUGGAAAAACAUUUAACCUUAGCACAGACUUUGUUUCUUUAAGACAAGUACCCUAUAAAUAUGACUUAUAUGAAAAAACUUUGAGAUACAAUUCAGACAUACUUACUAGCAAUAGAAACUAUAUAAGAAAGAAAGCAGAUGACUGUAAUGGAUUUGGAAAAGCACUCUUCUAUCUGAAACAAGAGAAAACCCAUCCUGGCGUGGAAUACUCGGAAUAUAAUAAAAGUGGGAAAGCCUUCAGCCAUAAAGAAGCCAUUUUUAAACACCAGAAAAUUAGAAAUUUGGUACAACCUUUUAUCUGUAAUUAUUGUGACAAGGCUUUCUCAUUUAAAUCACUCCUCAUUAGUCAUAAGAGAAUACAUACUGGAGAAAAGCCUUACGAAUGUAAUGUGUGUAAGAAAACCUUCUCCCAUAAAGCAAACCUCAUUAAACAUCAGAGGAUUCAUACCGGGGAGAAACCCUUUGAAUGUCUGGAAUGUGGAAAAGCGUUCACCCACCAGUCAAAUCUCAUUGUACACCAGAGAGCACACAUGGAGAAGAAGCCCUAUGAAUGCAGUGAGUGCGGCAAGACGUUUGCCCAGAAAUUCGAGCUUACCACACACCAGAGAAUUCAUACUGGAGAACGGCCCUAUGAGUGCAAUGAAUGCGCAAAAACCUUCUUCAAGAAGUCAAACCUCAUCAUACACCAGAAAAUUCACACAGGGGAGAAACGCUAUGAGUGCAGUGAAUGUGGGAAAUCCUUUAUCCAGAACUCACAACUCAUUAUACACAUGCGAACUCACACUGGAGAAAAACCCUACGAGUGCACUGAGUGUGGCAAAACUUUUAGCCAGAGGUCAACGCUUAGAUUACAUUUGCGGAUCCACACAGGAGAGAAACCGUAUGAGUGUGCUGAGUGUGGGAAAGCCUUCAGCAGGAAGUCCCGACUCAGUGUCCAUCAGCGAGUUCACACGGGGGACAGACCCUGACACUGCAGCCCAUUUGUACCAAGGAGAACCCUUCCCAUGGGGAGGAACCUCACAAAGGUGCUGAAGGAACAUGGGAACUCAUGCAGUCUAUCGACACAAACGUGUAAAAAUGGGGUCCCCUAAGAACAAUAUUGUACCAACAGUUAGGUAUGAUACCCAGGUAAACAGUAUGUACCAGAAUAUAUCCAACUGUAAAUAGACAAACUACAUGUAUUACAGUGAGCUUUUAGAAAUCCUGAGUGAAUUAUUCAGUAAUGGAGUAUUCUGGGCAGCAUAAAGGAGCUAAAGACAGUACUCUACGGAUUCAGUGGUUAUGUGCAAGAAUAUGCCACACACAAAAAAAACCACUGUAUUUUAGAUCUGUGCAUGUAAAUUUAACAGACACUGAGGGUUUGCCAUUCUUGUCCUAAUUAGGACAUCCAAACACAAUUUUCCAUACUGAGCAUCACAUGUUUUUCAGUACCUUACAAUCCAGGAUGCAUUCCAGAGAGCAUACGUUUUCUCCUCUUGCGGGCACACUAUUACUGAGUUACCUCGUCAGUCAACAGAAGACAGUGUUGUUGAAGUUUUAGCCUUCUGGGUUUGCUGAAGACUUCCCAGAAGUAUUCCUGACCCAUAAGUAUGCAAGUGUGAGGUAACAGAGAGAGUAAAAAGGAGGCAGUGUGCAGCACAGAACACACGGGCUGUGUAAAGAACAGCCGCACCCAACGUGUGCUUGUGUUUCACUCGGGUAUUUACGUACAAAUGCAUGUCUUACCAAAACACUGUAUAACCCAGGAACCACUUGUAUUCUGUGUUUCCUUAUUUCUCUUAAUAUUUUAUACAUUGUUUUGCAACAAAUAGAAUGUGUAUGUAGUUCGUGUCACAUUUCAGAGACUUAGAGAAAUAAUUUAUUUUAAGUAACUGUCAAUAAAUGUCUUAUUGCUUUUAAAAACUUCCAUGUGCAUAGUCCACUUUAGAAAUAAACUU